UAAAAGACAUUUAGAGCUCUCUUCAGAAAGGAAAUUAAAUCCUCUGCUUACAGAAACCCGUUUGAUAAAUUUCACAGACAAAGCCAUCAUCUUGCGGGCAAACAGCCUUUGUUUUAAUCAAAAGAGCUUUCUCUUUAUUCCAGAUGCAUACAUGCUCAUUUUAAUUCAAAUUUGUCGCGCGCACGUUUGCACACUUACGAGAAGAUGAUGAAAUCUGUAACAGCGAAAAGUUUCGCGGUCUAGGUGACAUCGCGAUCGUCAAGUGUUUACACAUUUGCAAUUAUGAACUCAUUUGAAGUGUGUUAUCCUUCUGUUGAUUGUCAUUUCCCAACACACAAACCAAACAAUACUGUCCCAAGAGAGCGCUCUCUUACACCCUUGAAGCAACAACUAAAAAGACAAUCAAAUUUAAACAACGUGUUAAUAAGAUCUUUUUGGUCACACAUUUGGAUUUCCGACUGCAAUCGUUCAUUCUGCUCACUAAAGGGGCCACGUUGGACUUUUUUCUGAGUGCUGCAGUAAAUUUGAAGCUUGAAAAUGUAUCAUGAAGCCUACCACCAGGAAGCCCAAAGACGACAGCGCGUGAUCGAAAGGAAACAUCUUGCUUUGGAACGCCUCAAAGAAAAAUACACACGACAAGAUCUGGGCAAGAAACAGAAGUCGAGAAAGAACCAGCCGGAAGACGACGAAAUGACUGGAACUAGGGCCGGGACCCGCGGAAGCAAGCGCGAGGACACGCGCGCAGCUACUCGCGAGAUACACUCACGCGAUACUCUGUGGCUUCCAGAUAUUUGUCAAACCACUACAGGCAGGACAUACUACCGACUUAUUCCCCCAAAACCGAAGCCGCUGCACCAAUGGCGCGAUUUGAAGAACCGCAUAAGGCAUGACUAUAAUCUGGUACCCCUCCCAUACAAGAACGAGCACAUAGUGAAAAGAUAGCUCUUGAGACAGCCCGUUUAAUGUAAAUUACAUUUGAGUCUUGGAAGUAAUCCACUGCUUUAGCGCAAUUUUCAAAGUCCGGGAUUUGUUUAAUAUUUCUUUACUUCGCUUUGUGAUUGGCCCAAAAAUCUCAUACCACCCUGUCAAAGGUUCAUGUUGCACUUUGAACUCUUUGCUUGUUUUGACUUUUGCAUUUUCUUUGGCGCCUUGUGAUAAUUUUCUCUCCUCUGAUUGGCUGUUGUGAUAACUUUGGUUUUGGUUAUACAACUCUUUGCUCUGGUCUGUGACUAGUGAAAAAAAAAAAACCUCACUUCACCCUCUUAACCAAUCAGGUGAAAAAAUGUUACCAAUCGCCACUCGAGUUUUCCCGCCAUGCAUACAUUGCGCUAAUGUUUACUUUGAGUUUUUGUCGGUUUCUUGGCUGCUAUGUUUAAUUCUAAGGUGUUCCAUCCAAAUGUGCUGUAUUAAAAUAGCUUUGAAAUUACAAAAAAGGAGAACUGGUUUAUCAUGCUUCUUUUAACAAAUACUACUUAACAUUCCAUUUUACAGUUCAAAAAAAAAAGCGCAAGAGUUUCUGUUUAAAAACCAAAAAUAUGUCUUUCUUUAAAUUUUUUUUUCCAUUUAAUGGCUGAGUUGGGGGUCCAAAGGUCACUUACAAAAAGCGAUGUAAAGUCUUUGAUCAGUGUACAAUGCAGCUAUUUGUCCAAAUCCUUAAAUCUAACUUAAUCACCAUUCUUGUUCCAAUCAGAUGACUACGAGGGAAACCUUUGAUCUGAGACAACCUCAAAUCACAUUUUUUGUCAAGGAACGUUUUUUUUUAUGAGGUAAGGGGGAGUAGUGAGCUUUCAUGAACCUCCACUACCAUACCCCCAUCAGUUCUCAUUUUUUGCAUGGGCACCACACAGAAGGUUUUUUUUAAUGACCCCCUAAAAAACGUGAGAUGCAGAUAUAUUGCAAUGCAAAAAAUGAUUUGUAUUUGUUGUUCAGUAUAAAGCUGAUCACAACUUCUUGUACUGAUGUAGCAGCCACCUAACUGUUAAUUUAAAAAAUUAGAUAAAAAUAAUCCUAUGACAUAACCAAGUGUAAUGACAGCAUACGGAAGACACAACAACAACGAAGAUGAACGAUAGUUAUUUUCAGUGUUCAAGUUAAGAUGUAUCUGCACAGGGGUCUCAAACUGUAAUAUGGAUUCUGGAUAAUGAUACCCAAACAGAUAUAUACAUUUGAUAAAUUAAACUGUGCCAAAGUACUUCACAA